UCGGUCACUCCACUCCUUUGCUCUACAUACUUCCGCUGUAGUGGAGGAGUGGAAUAAAGGAGGAUGGAGUGAAAGAUAAUGAGACGCAGACAGAGUAAAGGCGGCGUUAUUGUCCUGAAAUGCGGAAACGACUUCCUAGUAGUACUUUUAAUUUUACCGUUACUAACGAAACCAAGGACGAAGUUAAAAUUGAGGUUAUAUAUAUGCCCGAGAACUGCAUAAAGAAGAGCAAAAGGGGAGAUUUAAUGAAUGCUCAUUAUGAUGGAUUCCUUGCAAAAGACGGUUCACAAUUCUACUGCAGUCGUACAGAAAAGGAUGGACAUCCCAAGUGGUUUGUUUUAGGUGUUGGACAAGUGAUCAAAGGUCUAGACAUUGGAAUGGAUGGCAUGUGUGCUGGUGAGAAAAGAAAAUUAAUAAUUCCUCCCUCAUUGGGAUAUGGACAACAAGGCAAUGAGAAAGUUCCUCCUAAUUCGACAUUGAUGUUUGAGAUUGAGCUAUACUCAGUAUCUAGAGGACCACGCAGCAUGGAGGCCUUCAUGGAAAUGGACCUAGAUAAGGACCGAGCCCUUUCUAAGACUGAGGUGAGGAAGUCCCUGAUGGCCGAGUAUGAGAAAGGUGGUACUCGGCGUGAUGACUCAUUUUAUGAUGCCAUUAUUGCGGACAUAUUCCGCACCAGUGACCACAAUGGGGAUGGAAUGAUAUCCACAAAGGAGUACAAUGUUUACGAACAUGAUGAGCUCUAGUAGCCACCAGUAGCCACUGAUUCACCUGAGCUGAUGCAUCUGUAAUAUGAACGCACACUGAUGAAGACUUUUUAUAUGAAUAUUUCAAAUGGCAGAUUCAAAUAGUUUUGUGAAAUAAAUAACACUGAAACAAACCAUGCUUUGUAUGGUUUAUUUGCAGAUAUUCCCAGCAGUACAGCAUAGUUUGCAUAGUUGUUGAAAAUGGUACAUACAAUUUGUCAUGUAAUUCCAUUAAAGACCUGGCACUGACUACUUCAGAAGAGACCUGGAUAUGUCAUUGUCUGAAUAUGUACUUGAUAAAAUGUAAGUGUAGAUAUUGCCCCACUAAAAUUAUUGCCAACCUUGAUGAGGAAAAAAAGGCUGUAUAUGACACCAAUGACUAUGCUUAAAGUGACACUGCAUAAUCUAGCUGCAGAAAGAUAUUGAUUAGAGUACUCUUGUUCAGACUUCAGCUUACAACAUGAUUCUGCCUCCUUUUUAAACUGACUAGAUGUGUGCUGCUUUCUGAAAACAGCUGUACCUAUUGUGUCAUUCAAUUCUGUUUUGAGUUGAGAGGUGUCUUUAUUUGUAAAACCUGUGCAUAAUUGUAAUGUUCAGCUGGCAAACCUGUGAAUGAAUGUGGCUCAGAUAAACA